AUGAGCAAGCAAAUUUUGGUUGUUGGCCUAACCUGUGUUGAUAUAAUCAACUAUGUCACCAGCUACCCAGCCGAAGAUAGCGAUUCACGUGUCAUGAAACAGGUUUGGACCAUUGGUGGAAAUGCAGCAAAUAAUGUUACCGUACUGAAUCAGCUUAAUUCACACUCAAUUUUAUUCUCAGCAAUUCCGAUGAAUAAUCCGGUUAUCACUUCAUUAUUGGGAAAAGUUGGAAUUUCAACGAAGCACUGUUUGCAGCGAACAAAUUGUGAAUUACCAACAUCAACAGUGAUUGUGAACGAGAAGAAAGCUACACGUACAAUCAUGCAUUACAGGGGGAAGUUGCAGGAGCCAAGUCUUGAUGAGCUCCAAGCAACAUUCCCGGAUAUCGGUGUUUUUUCGUGGAUACAUUUUGAAGGGCGAAACUUUGAAAACCUGUUAUCAAUGAUACGUUUUGUUUACAAUCAACGAAGAAACCAAAGACCGAAAAUAUCGCUAGAAUGUGAGAAAGUCCGAGAUUUCGAGACUCUCGAAGAUGCCAUACCGUUUGCGGAUGUAAUUUUUAUAUCCAAGGAUUUUGCAAGGUUUAUUUCCUAUCGUUUGGGUUGCUAUAAAACCUGUUUUGAUCGGCUUUAUUUUCACUGUCAUGUUCUUUUUCGCCAAUGAUG